AUGGAGACCCGGGAAAUCAAGAUCAUCAAUCAAGGCCUGGAUGAUGAGAUGGAGGUGUUCGGGUACCGGCCCUGCGUUUGGAAAAUGGUCCUGGUGGGCGCGGGGAGCAUUUGUUCCGGCGGUCUCCUGCUGCUGCUGCUCUACUGGCUGCCUCAGUGGAGGGUUAAAGCUACCUGCGAGCGAAGCCCGCCGGGAGAGGCGCGCUCUCUGCUCCUCAGGACCACGGAUGAUUUGCGGCAGUGGGCUCACGUCAAAGUACGUGUGAUGAGAGCUCCGGGGAGGACCCCUUUCGACGGCGUGGAUCAUCACCGUCAUCCCAGCGCUCACGGAUACCGGCAGCCCGGGCCGAUCGCUCAUCACGGCAAAAAUGGCACUUUCAACCGCUUGGAUUCCACCGAGCUCUGUUUAAUGCCUAGUUUUUGAUCAGAUGUCCCUUUUCUUUUUUGACAGAUCCACUACUUCAGCCACCACAGCGUCACAUACUACUGGAAUGAAGGCACACAGGACUUUGAAACUUUUAAGGGCUUGGAGCACACCAAGGUGAGCUGUGGAGCCAUCCAUAGAGAGCACAGCCAAGGACUCACUCAAAAAGUGCGCGACUACAGAUCUUUGUUUUUCGGCAAGAACGAGAUGGACGUGAGGGUUCCUUCUUUAUUCAAACUCUUUGUCAAAGAGGUCUUGGACCCGUUUUACCUCUUCCAGCUCUUCGCUAUUAUCCUGUGGGCCGUUCAGUCCUACUUUCUGUACUCUGCCAACAUGCUGGUGAUUUCUUGCAUUUUUAUAGGCGUUUCUCUCUACUUCAUAAGAAAGCAUUAUGUCAAGCUGCGCAAUUUGGUGGUCACGCACAGUGUGGUACGAGUUACAGUGUGCAGAAAAAAUAAAGACGUGGAAGAGAUCAUGUCCACCGAGCUGGUGCCGGGCGACGUCAUCGCCCUUCCGGCCGACGGGCUGUUGGUGCCCUGCGACGCCGCGCUCAUCUGCGGCACCUGCGUCGUCAAUGAGAGCAUGUUGACAGGAGAAAGCGUCGCCGUCACCAAGAUCGGCGUGCCGAGUUCAGGCCGGGAGGCCGGCGAGAUCUACGACACGGAGCGCCACAAGCGCCACACCCUCUUUUGCGGCUCGCGCGUCAUCCAAAGCCGUCACUACGCCGGCCAAGCGGUCAAGGCGCUCGUGGUCAGAACGGGUUUCAAUACAGAAAAGGGCCAGCUGGUGCGCUCCAUUCUCUACCCCAAACCCACAGACAUCCAACUUCACCGGGAUGCUGCGCAGUUCCUGAAGUGCAUGGUGGUGUUGGCCGGGCUGGGGGCCCUCUACGCCAUCAUUAUCGAUGUCAUUUUGGGGGUCUCCGCGACGGCCGUCAUCUUCGACGCUCUCAACAUCACCCUGAUCGCCGUGCCCCCGAUCUUACCAGUGGCCUUGACCGCCGGUCUGGUCCACGCGCAGCGGCGCAUGAAGCGGAGGGGCAUCUUUUGUAUCAGUCCGCAAAGGAUCAAUGUCUCGGGUCAGCUGGAUGUCAUUUGCUUUGACAAGACUGGCACUCUGACUGAAGACGGUUUGGACCUAUGGGGUAUUCACAGAGCUCAACAUGGCAUAUUUUCAGUCGCAACCACCGAGGUAUCGCCAAAGACUUCUUUUGCCGCCUGCAUGGCCACUUGCCACUCCUUGAUCAUCACAGACGGCAAACUCUGCGGAGACCCUCUCGACGUCAAAGUCUUCAGCGCUACGGGUUCGCUCCUGGAGGAAGGAAACGAAUACCACGCUGCACUUUACCACGCCAGAAUUUCCGCUGUUGUUCAGUUCCCAGAUCAGUCAGGCGAGUUUGGCAUCGUGCGCCAAUUCCCAUUUUCGUCUGCGCUACGGCGAAUGAGCGUGGUGGUCCGGGGCCUGGGACGAAAACACUUUGACGUCUACCUGAAAGGAGCGCCGGAAACCGUGGCCGACCUCUGCGCCCCGCACACGGUGCCGCAGAAUUUCACAGAGACUCUGGAAACUUACACCCGGCAGGGCUUCAGAGUUAUUGGCCUGGCGCAUCGUCAAAUGGAGCCUCAACUGUCCUGGCUUCAAGUCCAGAACCUCAGCCGAGAGCAGACGGAGAGCAACUUGGACUUCUUGGGUUUGAUCAUCAUGCAGAACAAAAUCAAAGAGCAGACCGCCGACGUUCUGCUCGAUUUACGACGAGCCGACAUUCGGACUCUGAUGGUCACAGGCGACGACCUGUCGACGGCCGUGUGGGUGGCUCGAGAAUGCGGAAUGAUCGGAGCCGGCGAGAAAGUCAUCGUCGCGGACGCCGCGCCUCCUCGACAUCACCGCCCAGCCAGUAUCACGUGGUGCCACUGGGAGGAACCUUUUCUCUACACUAAUGCGACUAGCGAGAUCGGCUUCUCUAGCGACGGCCGGUGGGCAGAGGAGGAGCCCGGCUAUCAUUUUGCCGUGAGCGGCCGAGCCUUCGCCGUCAUCGCCGAGCACUUUCCGCAGCUCUUCGAGAAGUUCCUCCUGAAAGCAACCGUGUUUGCCCGAAUGACUCCCGACCAGAAAACUCAGCUGGUGGCGGCCCUGCAGAGCAUCGAUUACACUGUCGGCAUGUGUGGUGAUGGCGCCAACGACUGCGGAUCGCUGAAGAAAGCGCACAGCGGGAUCUCGCUCUCCGAGCUGGAGGCCUCCGUCGCGUCGCCCUUCACCUCCUCCGUUCCCGACAUCUCCUGCGUGACCCAGCUCAUCCGGCAAGGCCGCGCCGCUCUCGUCACUACUUUCUGCGUGUUCAAAUUCAUGACCCUCUUCAGCCUCAUCUUAUUCUGCGGCGUGGUUCUACUCUACGGGGUCCUCAGCAAUUACGGGGACUGGCAGUACUUCUUGGUUGACACCAUCAUGCUUUCUCUAAUCGUCUUUACCAUGAGUCUGAACCCUGCGUGGAAGAAGCUGGCGCGGCGCUCCCCACCGACCGCUCUGCUGUCGGCCCCGGUGCUUUCCUCCAUUCUCUUCCAGAUCUUCAACUGCCUGCUCUUUCAGUUUUUUGCCUUCUUCUUUGUGCAACAGCAGAGUUGGUAUCGGACGCCUCAGGAAAUUCAGAGCGACAACACGAACUCCAGCCAGAUGUACGGCUUCAACCGCAGUCAAGCCGGAGCCCAGUAUAUCAUUAUGAACUUCGAAAACACCUCCCUCUUCUACGUUUCUGCCUUCCAAUACUUGAUCGUUGCCGUCGUCUUCGCCAAAGGAAAACCCUUCAGACGACCCACUUAUAAAAACUGGUCAUUUGUGUUGACCUGCGUUGCAAUCUGCUUUUUUCUCCUCUUCAUCAUGCUUUAUCCCAUCCCUGCUAUAGAAGAGGUGUUUGAGAUUGCCAGCGUUCCCUACGACUGGCGCGUGACGCUCCUCAUCAUUAUUUUGGCGCACGCUGUCCUGUCUUUCCUAUUGGAGAAUUUGAUCCUUGACACACUGUGGAAGGUUUUUCCCAGCAAUCCGACCGGCCGACAACACCUGACUAACAAAACUCAGAUGGCGAGCGAGCGCUUCUUCUCCAAGAUGGUGUGGAGUAAAAAAGGGUUCCCCGUCACCAAAUACAAAUAUCUGAGUCUGAAACUGCAGGAGGAGCUAGACUGGCCUCCAGCGCCCUCCUCGGUCACCUACGCCGGCAAUCCCGACUACCUCGUAUCUGAACGGCUGUGA